AUGGCACCCGCACAGCACAACCCAGCGCCAGCGCCUGCGCCCGCUAAGAAGGGCAAAGGCAAGAAGGCGACCGACCCCUCGGAGCAGCAGAAGCAGAUCCAGGCCAAGAUUGCUCAGCUCGAACUGGACCAGGCCGGGGACAAGGAGCAGGAACUCGAAAUCGAACGCGAAGUUAAGAAAGCAAACCGCGAACUCUCCUCGCUCCUCUCCAACAUGGACGGCCCGCUGUCCCGGCUCGAAGUCGUGCAGAAACGAUAUACCGAACUCCUCUCCGAUAUGAAGCGCACGGAACGCGAACACCAAAAGGCGAAGAAGCGCGGGGACCAGCUGCAGAAGGAAAAGGACGCGCAAAGGUCGGAGUUGAACAAGGUUACGACAAUGAAGGACAAAUUGGACAAAUUGUCGCGUGACUUUGCAAAGGAAAACAAGAAACUCAAGGACGAACUACACAAGCUCGAAUCUAGCGAAUCCACCGCCAGGCAAGAACUACACGAGCGUCUCGAACACCUGGUGAAUGACGUGGACGAUUGCAUAGCAGCUGCGAACGGGCCUGAACCACAGAAUCAAGCCGAGCAAGAACUGGACGAAAUAUUUCGUCAGAAGUUCAAGUCGUUCAUUGACCAGUACGAGUUGCGCGAAUUACAAUACCACUCGAUGCUGCGACUCAAAGAGCUCGAAAUACAGUAUCACGCUGCCCGGCUAGAGCAGCAGCGCAAACAACAAGAAGCCGAAUCUUCCAAGUCGCACCAGUUGACCCGCCAAGUGUCGACCUUUUCGCAGACUGAGACGGAACUACGCACGCAGCUCAACAUAUACGUGGAGAAGUUCAAACAGGUCGAGGAAACGCUCAACAACUCGAACGAUCUCUUCCUCACGUUCCGCAAGGAGAUGGAGGAGAUGUCAAAGAAAACCAAGCGUCUUGAAAAGGAGAACCAGACGCUGCAACGCCACAAGGACAUUACGAACCGUAAUAUUGGCGAGAUGGUGGAAGAGCGCCAAAAGAUGCAAGAGGAGCUUGCCAGGCGGACCAAGGAAGCUGAGGACCAGCGGAAGAAGAUCGCUCGCCUGGAAACACUGUGUCGUGGAAUGCAGGCACAAGGUCGAGGCCAGGUUCCGAUGCAUGAGCUGGAUCAGGAGGAGCACGACGAGGAGGAUGAAGAAGUCACGGAGAGCGAGUACGAAUACGAGGACGAAGAUAGCGCAGAGUACGACGACGACACUGAAGAAGACGACUCACUCUUCGGCCCAUCUACGUCUUCUCAAUUUGCAAAUGAUGUCCCGCCUCCGGCUUCGAAAUCGCUCGGAGAUAUCGUGAAGCAGUGGAGUUGGGAUGAUGCAGACCUACCGUCUAUUGCGGACUUCGAUAUGACUGACCAAGCAUUCGACGAGCUCAUGGAGCAGAUGAAUUGGGAUGAUGUGACUGCGCAGUUCGAUGCGGAAAUGGAAGCAAUGGCUGACAAGACUGCUCGUCUUCUGUCAAACGAUGCGGCGAAGUCGGAGGAGCCAGAAGAGCCAGAUUUAGGUGUUGAUUGA